AUGGCGCAAGCCGCCAAGCAGCUCCGCAAAACCAAGGACCUCGCGGAGGCCGCCGCCCAGGAGCAGAGGGAGAAGGAGGAGGAAAAGAUAAAAAAGAGGAAUCGAUCCAGGGAUCGCAGACGCAAGGCCGAUGCAGCCACCAGCUUUCUACGUGCAGCUCGUUCAGGCAACCUGGACAAGGCUCUGGAUCACAUCAAGAAUGGAAUUGAUAUCAACACCUCUAAUCAAAACGGCCUCAACGGUUUACAUUUGGCCUCUAAAGAAGGUCAUGUCAAAAUGGUCCUGGAGUUGCUACAUGCUGGCAUUGAACUGGAAGCAACCACAAAGAAAGGGAACACAGCUCUCCAUAUCGCAGCGCUGGCAGGGCAGGAGAAAGUGGUGGCUGAGCUUGUCAACUAUGGUGCCAACGUUAAUGCCCAGUCACAUAAAGGCUUCAGUCCGCUCUAUAUGGCAGCACAAGAGAACCAUCUAGAGGUGGUCAAGUUCCUGCUCGAGAAUGGUGCCAAUCAGAGUCUCCCAACUGAGGAUGGUUUCACACCCCUUGCAGUGGCCCUCCAGCAGGGCCAUGAAAACGUGGUGGCACUGCUCAUCAACUAUGGUACGAAGGGCAAGGUCCGCCUCCCCGCGUUGCACAUCGCCGCACGCAAUGACGACACACGCACCGCCGCAGUCCUCCUGCAGAAUGACCCUAACCCUGACGUACUUAGCAAGACUGGUUUCACACCUCUCCAUAUUGCAGCUCACUAUGAAAAUAUGAGUGUAGCACAGCUGCUGCUGAACAGAGGAGCCAAUGUAAACUUCACCCCCAAGAAUGGCAUCACACCCCUUCAUAUAGCCUCAAGAAGGGGCAAUGUGAUGAUGGUCAGACUACUGCUGGACAGAGGAGCACAGAUAGAUGCCAGAACUAAGGACGAGCUGACUCCUCUCCACUGUGCAGCCAGGAAUGGUCAUGUCCGCAUUAUUGAAAUCCUGCUGGAACAUGGUGCUCCCAUCCAGGCUAAAACCAAGAACGGUCUGUCCCCAAUCCACAUGGCAGCUCAGGGGGAUCACAUGGACUGUGUCCGACAGCUACUGCAAUACAACGCUGAGAUUGACGAUAUUACACUGGAUCAUCUAACCCCGCUUCAUGUAGCAGCCCACUGUGGUCACCAUCGCAUGGCCAAAGUUUUACUGGACAAAGGAGCAAAAGCCAAUGCUCGUGCUCUGAAUGGCUUCACACCUCUUCACAUUGCUUGCAAGAAGAACCACAUGCGCUCCAUGGACCUGCUGCUAAAGCACUCGGCUUCAUUAGAAGCUGUCACAGAGUCUGGUCUCACUCCUCUUCAUGUAGCAGCAUUUAUGGGCCAUCUUAACAUAGUGAAGAACCUGCUCCAAAGAGGGGCUUCACCCAAUGCUUCCAAUGUGAAAGUGGAGACUCCUCUCCAUAUGGCCUCCAGAGCAGGGCACUGUGAAGUCGCUCAGUUCCUUCUACAGAAUGCAGCACAAGUGGACGCCAAGGCUAAAGAUGACCAGACGCCCCUACACUGUGCGGCUCGUAUGGGCCACAAGGAGCUCGUCAAGUUGCUUCUGGAGCACAAGGCUAACCCUGACUCCGCUACAACUGCAGGUCACACACCCUUACACAUCGCUGCACGUGAGGGACAUGCCCACACCAUUCGAAUACUGCUGGAUGCUGGAGCACAACAAGUCAAGAUGACAAAGAAAGGUUUUACACCCCUUCAUGUAGCUUCUAAAUAUGGAAAAGUGGAUGUGGCAGAGCUCCUUCUGGAAAGAGGAGCCAACCCUAAUGCAGCAGGGAAGAACGGUCUGACACCCCUUCAUGUGGCCGUCCAUCACAACAACCUGGAUGUUGUUAAACUCCUGGUCAGCAAAGGAGGAUCUGCACACAGCACUGCCCGAAAUGGUUACACUCCUCUGCAUAUAGCGGCCAAGCAGAACCAGAUGGAGGUGGCAAGCUGUCUGCUUCAGAAUGGGGCAUCGCCGAACGCUGAAUCCCUCCAAGGCAUCACGCCCCUACACCUGGCUUCACAGGAAGGAAGACCAGACAUAGUGGCCCUGCUCAUCGCCAAACAGGCUAACGUAAAUCUAGGAAACAAGAAUGGACUGACGCCUCUGCAUCUUGUAGCUCAGGAAGGUCAUGUGGGCAUCGCUGACACACUGGUCAAACAGGGGGCAUCUGUUUACGCUGCAUCACGGAUGGGCUACACACCCCUUCAUGUGGCCUGUCACUAUGGCAACAUCAAGAUGGUGAAGUUCCUUCUGCAGCAGCAGGCUCAUGUGAAUGCAAAGACGAGGAUGGGCUACACCCCUCUGCACCAGGCAGCUCAACAGGGCCACACAGAUAUCGUCACCCUAUUGCUGAAACAUGGAGCGCAGCCCAAUGAAAUAACUUCAAAUGGGACAUCUCCCCUGGGCAUUGCUAAGCGCCUGGGUUACAUCUCUGUCAUUGAUGUGCUGAAGCUGGUUACCGAGGAGUCUGUUUCCACGAUCACAACAGAAAAACAUCGAAUGAGCUUUCCUGAGACAGUGGAUGAGAUUCUGGAUGUUUCGGAAGAUGAAGGGGUUGCCCAGCUAACGUUAGGAGAUGAGUUGCUUGGGAUGGAUGGAGCACGUUAUUUAAAACUUGAUGACUUCAAGGACCAGGAUGAUGACUUUCUUUCCCCAAAGAAGACCCUCAGAGACUUUGAGGGUGGUAUGGGUACCACGCCGUAUUCUCCUGCUAUUCCCCGCAUCCCCUGUGUGUCACCAGAGACAGUUCAGCUAGACCAGCACACUCCUAUUCCUUUGCCAAAAGAGUAUGACGAAGACUCGCUCAUCCCAAGCAGUCCAGCUACCGAGACUUCAGACAAUGUCAGUCCUGUAGCCAGCCCCAUUCACACAGGCUUCCUGGUGAGUUUCAUGGUGGAUGCUCGUGGAGGCUCCAUGCGAGGGAGCAGACACCAUGGCCUGAGGGUGAUCAUCCCACCUCGGACCUGCGCUGCACCAACCCGCAUCACCUGUCGGCUCGUUAAACCCCAGAAACUGACCACACCUCCUCCAUUAGUGGAGGGGGAGGGGCUUGCAAGCAGGAUUAUCUCCCUGGGACCAUCCAGUAUGCAAUUCCUUGGACCUGUGAUAGUGGAAAUCCCUCACUUUGCUUCAUUGGGCCAUGGUGACCGAGAGCUUGUGGUCCUUCGCAGUGAAAAUGGUUCAGUCUGGAAGGAACAUCGCAAUCGUUAUGGCGAUGAAGUGUUGGAAACUAUUCUGAAUGGCAUGGAUGAAGAGCUGGAGAGUCAAGAGGAGCUGGAGAAGAAGAGAAUCCGUCGAAUCAUCUCCACCGACUUCCCUCUCUACUUUGCAGUAGUCUCCCGCAUUCAACAGGAAAGUGAUCUCAUUGGUCCAGAGGGCGGCCGGCUGACCAGCAAGCUGGUUCCCCAUGUCGAGGCCAUCUUCCCAGAGACUGCUGUCACCAAGCGAGUGAGGUUGGGACUGCAGGCACAACCAAUCCCUGAUGAACUACUGACUAGGCAGCUUGGUAACCAGGCAACCUUCAGCCCAGUGGUUACCAUCGAACCACGUCGGCGCAAAUUUCACCGUCCAAUUGGACUGCGCAUUCCUUUGCCACCAUCCUGGAGGGAGAGUCCUCGUGAUGCUGGAGAGGGAGAUACCACUAGUUUGCGCCUCCUCUGCAGUGUAAUAGGUGGAACAGCACCAGCUCAGUGGGAGGACAUCACUGGAACCACCAAGCUGAUGUACGCCAACAACUGUGCCAGUUUUACCACCAACGUGUCUGCAAGAUUCUGGCUGGCAGACUGUCCACGUACAGCCGAGGCGGUUACCUUUGCCAACUUGCUGUACCGGGAGCUGAUGGCUGUUCCAUACAUGGCCAAGUUUGUUAUUUUUGCCAAAAUGAAUGAAGCACGUGAAGGACGCUUGCGUUGUUAUUGCAUGACAGAUGACAAGAUGGACAAAACUUUGGAACUGCAUGAAAACUUCACAGAAGUGGCCCGCAGUCGAGAUAUUGAGCUUAUGGAGGGCAUGCCACUGCACCUGGAGUGUUCUGGGAACCUAGUACCCAUUCGGAAGGCCACUCAGCAGCCUCGUAGCUUCAGCUUCCAGGCCUUCAGAGAUAACAGAUUGCCUGUUUCUGUCAAGGUCAGAGAUAGCAACAAGGAUGCCACUGGGUUUUUGUCUUUUCUGCGGAAGUGCACCAAGUAUGAGGACGCACAGCAUGUACUGUGUAAUCUGAACAUUACCAUGCCACCUUGUGUCAAGGUUGUUGGAAGUGAAGAGCGCAGACGAACUUUAACCCCUCUGGCCUUGAGAGAGCGCUACAGUGCGAUGAACGAGCCUGGUUUGGCCACAGUGAAUGCCAUGGAGAGGACUGAGAUCAAAAUCAAUAUUAUAUCUGAACAGCUGGGUUUGAGCUGGGCAGAGUUGGCACGAGAGCUUCAGUUUGGUGUUGACGACAUUAACAGGAUCCGUGUGGAGAAUCCAAACUCUCUGCUGGACCAGAGCUCUGCCCUGCUCAACCUGUGGGCCAGUAGAGAAGGCAAAAGGGCCAAGAUGGAGAGCCUGUAUGCUGCGCUAAGGAACAUUGACCGUGCAGACAUUGUCACCUCCCUGGAAGGCCAGGCUCAGCAGCCAGGACCUGGGUCUUCAGAGGAGGGAGCCUGUCGUCUUGGUGACCGUGACUCCACCUUGCUGUCUCCCAGUGUCAUUAAUGGUUAUGGGCUGGUGCAGGAGGAGCUUCUGUCCCCGGCCUCUAUGCAGUACAGCUUGCCCUCUCCACUGGGUGUGGAGCCCUACUGGCAGGAAGUCUCCAGCCUGGAGUGUGCGCCAAUUGCCACCACCGAGGAAGACACUUUAAUGGAGAUGUCGGACGUUCAGGUGUGGCCAGCAGGGGUCAGCCCCUCACUGGUCACUGUGGAGGACUCAUCGCUAGAGGGCAGCAGCCGAGCUGAUGACUCAGAAGGUGCUACACUCUCCUUACCCUGCAGCUUGGGCCGCCCAAGCAGUGGAGCCAGUGGAGCCAGCGGUUCCAUCAUGGAGCUGGAAGAAGAGGAGGAGGAGGAGGAGGAGGAAGGGGAGGUUGAAGAGGAGGAGGCGCCACAGGAGCCAGCUAGUGCACUGGCAGAAAGGGACAGGGUGAGGGCGAGUGGCGCCGUUCCCAAGGUCAAUCUAAACGGGCAGCUGGGAGGUCAGAGGUCGGGUGCGAGGAGAGGGGAGGCUGGAGCGAUGGGAGAGGGAACUAAAGGAGGAGUUGGAGGUGCAGGGCUGGGCUCAGUGGAAGGGAUUUCUCUUGUUGCAGGCCAGCAGGGGUACGCCCAGCGGAGCGAGAUGAUGGGUCUUAGUCGACCCUCAGAGCACAACGGAGACAACCGGAUGGUUGGAGGCGGAGCAUUUCAACCUUACUUACCAGACAAGGACUCCCUGCAGGGCUGGGUGGGCUCAGUGUCAUCGGGACGUGACGGCAGCGUCCCAGGCUUGCACGUGGCCCAGGAGGCCCUGCUGACUCCGAGAGAAGAAAAGGACUAUUCAGCUGAGAUGCAGUAUGUUGAAGAACAUGGAAAUGCUCUUGCUAGAAGGGUGGGGGUGGAUGUGAGAAAGGGCGCUCAGUCAGUGCAGCGCACCAGUCUGCGGAGACUUAAACACUGAAAUACACAUACUACCCAGUCCUUCAGGACCGGAAAGUCACUGCCAAACCAUCCUCCACAAAAACCCGAUCAGACCGCAGAGGAAAAUGAACAGAGACAAAAGAAAGACAAGGACAAACAUGACAAAGUGAAUCAUUCUCAGCCUGUGACCAUUGAGCACCACACAACUGAAGAGGAGAGAGAGGGGGAAAAAAAGGAGUUCAACUUGUAGUUUUAUAAUAUUUGUAAAGAAAAUAUCAACUAAAGCAUGAAGAUUCUUUUUUUUUACAAAAAACCAUAAAUGUUAGUAAAAUGACUAAGAAAAAAAAGCAACAAAGUGCUUCCUGUGAACUGUAAUCGCAUGAUGACUGCUGGUGCAUGCCCUUUGACCUUUUGAACUGUCAUUAUCUACAAACUGAAGGGGUACAAGGUACGGGGGCUGGCCCAUGUCUGGGUCUCAGGCCUUUUUUUAAGGACCUUAUUCCCCUCAACUGGAGUGUUUGAGUUGAGUUCAAUAACACUGCAGCCAAAAAAAGUCCCAUAAAGGACGGUUGUGUAUUCAGCGAGGCCUCCGCUGAGCCUACCAAUGCUUCUUUCACUGGACCCCUUUUCCUCUAUUAUUCUCAAUGUGAUAUAUGCACUCUAUGCUACGUGGACAUGUGUCGGUGUGUGUAUGUGUGUGUGCGCGUGUAAAUUUCUCUACCGCAUGUGUUUUUUGCUUCUGGCUUGGCGCUGAGCCCUGCUCCAUGAUUGGCUUGUUGUCUCUGUGAUGUCACAGCGUACUCAGCGCUGAUAUGAGAAAGCCGCUCGUGAGUUCUUGUCUAUGUGUUCUGCUGUUCUUGUUUUUUUUUGUUUGUUUUUUUCUUUGCGGACAAGCUCGAUUACUGUUAUUUCUUCUUUUGUAACCAAUUCACUUUGGUUCUCAGCAUCGGUAGCGAACUGAACCUCUACCACCCCCUCAUGUUUUCAGGGGAAAUGUGUUUUCAAGACAACAGGAAUGUUUUCUAUGGAAAAGGGUGUGUUGCUUGAUAGCAUUGCACAGCAGCUCUGCUCACAAAUCUUGACUUUUUCUUUCGCCUUUAUAUUUUUCUUUGUUUUGUUUUUGUCUUUUUCAGUAGCAAAUUUUCAUCUUGAGCCACUAUCUUUAUUAGUAGCCCUUGUCUAUAUGCAGUAAAAAAAAAAAAAAAACAGGCCUCUUCCAUCAGAUAAAAACUUCCCUGCUCCCUCUUUUAUCUGUUUGCAUUGGCUGCAAAGCCUCACUGUCAGAUUUUAGCCAUUCAUUCCACUCUUAUAAAACAAGAUGGAGACAGCAUGGAGGAUCUGAGUCUUACGAGGAUAUUUCAAGGAUUUCUAGCAAGUGUAAAGUAGCAUCAUGCUACAACAGCAUGUGAUCGUAACAGGAACUGUGCAACAAGGACAAACAGGUAGCACUGUGAUUGUCUUAUUAACACUGACCCCAGACUCGUGAACUGUCUAAACAAACAUUCACAUACCAUACAAGCAAAAGCACACACACAUAUAUAUGAGCAUGUGGUUGUCAGACUGUCAGAUAGUUUUGCCACAGCAAUAAUAACUAACAAAAACAGGAGAUGGAAGCUGGGGCUUUUGAAGAAAGUUGUUGAAGAUGAAACUCCUCAAUGAAGACAGAGACUCCAUCUGGAUGCAGCAGCUAAGUUUGGCAUCGCGGCAGCACUGCAUCCAAGUGAUUCCAUCAACCUUGACGUGAACGAGUCAGAAAGGACACACUGAUGCAAGAUGAGAUGACUCAGCUGUAGCAGUGUGGGGCUGUGGAGGCCUGAGAGGGUUUUAGUUUUCUUUUCUUUCAGCACCAAACGUAGCAAAAUGUAAACCAGGAUAUAUGUUUAUUUAAUACUCUACUAUCUGUUAAGUUUGCUGCUGCCCUGAGGUGGAAUCCACCGACAUUUAUUUUCACUUUCUCUGAGUUUUAAAAGCUGUUAGUGUUUCGCACAUUUCAAAAACUGGCAUUACUGUAAAUCACCUAAUGUUCAACACACUUUAUGCAGAAACCUGAUGGCAGCACUUUGUAGAGGUUGUACCAUAGUAGCACACAUUUCCUGAACAUCCAAACUCUAUUUAUCCCAUAAGUACUGUAAAUAGUACUGUAGCCUGAAUGAGUGCGACACAGAAUGAAUGAACACAUCAGUUAUAUGUUACACAAAUGCACAUUUUUCAUGCCGUUUGUGCACGAGAACCUCAUCUAAUAAUAGCACAUGUUUCUUAACAUAUCACAUGUCCCACUCAGGAUUUCAGUUCUGCUUUGUCAGAAUCAAAAUGUUUUUUUUAAGUUCUGAGUCGUUCUCUAGUAGAAGAGCAUGUUUCACGACCAGAGUGCUAUGGAAGGGGCUGUGAGGGCUGCAGAUGGAACGCAUAGUGGUUUUGGUGGAUGUGUGAAACAGGGUGCUUUGUGUAUAAAUGUGUGUGUUUCUGUGGAUUAGUUCUUUAACUAAGAUUAAACCAAAUAAUAAUAAUAAUAAUAACAAUGAAACAGCAGUGUUAAGUGUGUCAGAAACUUCCUCCUGUUUGGUGCUAAGCUUCUGAGUUGACACUGAAUUUAUCCCGAUUAUAUUUUUGUGUGAAGCACAGACAUGAUAGUUUUAUCUUAUGAAUGUUAAAUGAGUGUCCUUACUUGUUGGAGGUUUCACAGAGCUUAUUGAAAAGUUUGAUUUAAAAUAUUUUGCUGGAUACCUAAAAUCUCACCAAAUCAGGUGGAAGCCGAGUUGUUGAUCUGGCUGAUUAGUCCAAAAGAAAAUUCCUCUCAUUGUCUUUUUCUAAACUUUUUUUUUCUUGACCUUAUUGGAAAAUAUCACAAGGUUAUGGGAGGUGAUUGGAAAACAUCAGAAGAACUGAUCUAUGAUGAGAAUCCAACCACAGUUACGUUCUGUUGUGAUAAGAGUCUGCAGCACUGAAACUACAGAUGCACCAUAAAUGGACAGAAAGUGCUUUAGACACUUCAGCUAAUGCAAUUUUAUCAUACUGUCACACAGAUGCUAUAUAUUAAAUUACUAUGUUAAGACACAAAAUAAAAUAUUACUGUUUUACCAGAUUAGUGAUUCAGGGGAGGAAAGAAAAAGGCACAAAAGUGACACGUUAUCCAUCUCUGUUCAGACUCACCAUCCUGAUAUUUAUCUACAUAAAUCACAGUUAGCUGAACUUAAUCCAGCAUCACUGGAAAUUUGCAGCUGUAAGGAGCUGUAGGAUGGAAUUAUCUUCUUUCUUUUAUAAAGGAUGGUCCGGUGUAGCCUCCUCUAAGGUUAUCUUAAAGGAAGCAUUCAAUCUCUAAUUUAGAGAUUAGUGAUUGGAUUAGUUCUUAUCAUGGCUGCUGCUUGUUUACUUCCAAGUAAUUUCACAUUCUUUGGGAGGUUUCUGAGCUAAAUUGACUAUUCAAUCAGACCCUUGAGCCUUUAAAGAGCAACAUGAGAGGUAACAAGUCACCCUCUCAACUUUUACUAAAUAUAUCCAGGUUUUAGAUUGUAGAGGGCAAUCAUUUAACUCAGUCUCUUUCUUAUUUGAACCUGUGGACUGUAUCAGCACACAAUGCAUAGGUGACGAUCUUAAGAUUCACAUGUUUGCAAAACUUUAAUUUGAUGUUCAGCCAUGUAGCCCCUGGGGUUGUUUCAUUACUGGUGGUGGAGUUUUCAGUUAUGUAGCAUGAAAAAAAAAUGUAAAAAAUCCAACAAAAUACUUCAAUCAGUUCUGAGUUUUCAGGUUUUUUGGGAUGACUUUGAACAGAUUGUUGCUUUUGUGAGAAGAAGGCUGUGAAAUUCAUUUAGAUGAUCAUGUUAGAGGACGAUGAAAGGAUAUUUCUGGGUGCCGAUUAAAAACCUGGUGAGGGUUUUUAUGUAUAGUUGUCGUAAAUUUGAUCUGGGUUUUCUAAAUGUCUGAAUUAUUAACAUUAGCCCAUAUCACUUCUUUAACUUGGUUUAGACUGCAGACAAAUCUGAUUUGUUUUUCAAGCCUGAUCUUUACGAUAGAGCGGAUGAAGCUCCAUUACUUUUCAGGUAAUCAGACUAGAUAUGUGUCCAGACAACCUAUCAACAGAGUAUGAGUUACAGUGGUAACAAUAUGAGUAUCAGUAACCACGGACUGAUGCCCUUCUUAGCCACAUCUUUAGUCAGCUAGAUUGGAUCAGAUAAAAUAAUUGGAGAGACACGCCGCUGUGACUGGCCAUUUAUCUUAGUGUAUUUUAGGUCAGGCAGCAAAGCUGAGCCAAUCCUGCACCAACACUCUGCUGAUAUCCACAAUGAAUACUCCCCAGAUUUAAUCAACCUGUUCUAAAGGAUCAUAACUUUUACCCCACAUUGUUCCCCCCCUAACUUUCCAUAUCCAAGUGAGAUGAUACAGUAUGAAGUUUUUGUUUUGUUCUGUGAAUCUGUUUCCACAUUUAGGGGGAAUUUCACAAGUAUGAUUUCAGGUUUCCAUCUGAAGUUAAGCGGUCAGUGAAAUCCUGUGCACUCUGGUAAAACUCACCUUCACUGUGUUUGUGUGCUCAGUAUGGAAGCGUGUGUGCAUGAUGAUGCUUAGUUCAAGAUCUUUUUGGAUCAGAUGGAAGCAGAGUGAACAUUUUUACCAGGCAUGAGACCGAAGAGGAUGUGUAACCUAUGAUGAUGUAUUUUAAAAUGAGUAUUGUACAAAUGUAACGAAAAGAAUAUUGCAAAGAAUAAAAUCACCUAUACUCCUUUAGAAUGGAUACAUGACAAUGUAAACGCAAUAUCAUACUACUCUAUCCUAAGGAAUGCAACUGCGCACAUGCACAAGAAAAGAUGUUUUUAUGAAAAUAUAUGUAUAAAUAUAUGACAAAAUAUAUUUAAUUAGAAUGCUAUGCACCCUCAUAGAGUUGUUAUGGAUGUUCUUUAAGCAUUAUCUAGACUAGGCCAACACCCACAUCAUGGGGAAUGUAAAGGCUUUGUAGCUAUGACCAUUUGUUUUCUUUUCUUUUGUAUUGUCCUGGAGAGAGGAUAACAAACGUCACUAUGUAUACAAGCCUUUCGAUCAGAAUUGUUCUGACAUGAAGAUAUGUAUAGAUCAUCUAACCCUGUACACCAGCUCUAACCAUUUACAAGACUUAAUAAACAAAGAUGUGACAUAAA